AUGCAGACGUGCACUUGGAAUGUCAGGGGCAAACGGAUACAAGACGUGUCUGAUUGGAUGUCUUUAGAGUACACGCCUGAGAUCAUCACUUUACAGGAAGUUGGCGGGGUUCACCUGUUGUCUGAGUUGCUCGUUCCCUCAAGGGGUGAGAGCCAUGAGAUGCAGGAACUGGCUUUCGGGCUAGAUUCGGACAUGCAUGAGUACAGAGUUUUUGUUGGCAGCACGGAUGCACAUCUCUCACAGGUGAUUGCUAUUGACACGGAUGUUAUUGAACACGUCAAAUUUUCCUUCAUUGGCAAGAGAGUUGUUGGGGUGUGCUUCCAGAGUGCCAGAAACAAGCGUUAUUCGCUGGUUCUUUCAGUUCAUUUCCCUCAUUCGGGUACUAGCGAGAUUGUCUUCCAAGAAGCGGUCGAUGAGUUUAUGUCCAUUACUCAACGGUAUUCACAGUAUGAUAUCUUAGCGUGUGGGGAUUGGAAUUGCGAACCUGGGAGCAGCCGGUAUGAUACACUUGCUGUUCCUAUGACCUUGCAAGGCGGUCGAUUCUGCUCCCCCAUGUGCCCCACCAGAUUUGGCAUCAAGAGCAGUUCUAUUCUCGAUUACUUCUUCAUUGCAGGGGCCUGGGUCACAGAAUCGAAUCAUAUGCUACAAUUCAUGGAUGCGGAGUGUGUGACUGUGGUCAAGCAUUCAGCCGAAGAGCUUCAGUCGGAUCAUGCUUGUGUGAUGUUUGAUUUCGCGCUGGAGCCAUCAUCCUUCCUUAAAUGUUCGCACACCCGUUCUCGUCCUUCCAUCAGGCAGCAUUCUAAAUGUGGUCGUUGGAGAAAUUCCACUUACAAGCUGGAGAGUGCCUGGCCUGAUUGUCCAUCAUUUCGGACUAUGUCGAGUCGCGAACAAUGGGUCAUUCUUUCUGGUAUGGCCACCAAAUCUUCCUACCGAGCUCCAACUAGACGGUAUCGGGAUUCGGCUACACUCAAAGCCUUGUGUGCACAGCGGCGGCUGAGCCGUGAUACUGCUGAGCGCACUGCCCUUACUCGUCAGAUUCUUGCGUUCAGGCAAUUUGAAAGGGAUGCGUGGCACAGGGACCUCAUUGCGAAAGCUGCGAACAAGGAUCACGAAGCCUCCAAGUUUCUCAAGCACAACCGGUCUAAUGUUGGUCACCGUUUUGAUGAGGCAUUUCGAGUUUUCUCUGGCAGACAACAAUUCACCAAAGCCGUUCAGGAUUUUUUCGUUAGCCGGUUUCAAGCACAAAAGGUUGCACCAUCGCAACUACUGGGUUGCGGUCGGGAUAUUGGCGAUUUGCCGAUGGCGAACCCCUUUUCCAUUGAUGCAGUUCGUGCCGGGGUACUCCGAAUGAAACUCCAUAAAUGCUCCGGUGCGUCUGGUAUGUCGGUUGAGUUCUUACGUGCACUGCUGCACCGCGAAGAUGGGCUUCAACUCAUUACUGACCAUUUAAACACAGUGCUUCUCCGAGGCGCCUCACUGCCGGAGCAUCGCAUUGCCGUGUUGACACUACUGCCUAAACUUCGUGAUGUGUGUGAACCAAGAGAUCUUCGACCUAUUGCGCUAAUGGAGUGCACUCACAAGCUUUACAUGUCGCUUCUUGUAGGGCGCAUUCAGGCAACGUGGCCCGUUCCGCAUUUUCAGCAAGGUGGACUCCCAGGUACACAGCUCAUAGACGCUUUGUUCAUGUUCACCAAUCGUCUUCAACGUGAUGCUUUGCAACUUUCACAUUCGAUUUGGGUUUCCGCUGACAUCGAGGCUGCGUUUGACUCAGUGAACUGGGACAAACUACGGACAACCAUGUUUUCGUUGUCAUCCUCACAGGUUCAUCCGGAACUGCACCGUCUCCUUUACGAGAUUUCCUCGCACGGCUUGUUGAUGGAAUUUCAGGGUCUUGUUACUGGCAUGGUGCCGGGAAAAGGCAUUCUACAAGGAGGCAGUCAUAGUGCACAGGUUUUCGCCAUUCUCGUUGAACAUAUCUUUCGGGACCUUCAUGUCAGAUGGGAACAGGAAUUUCCGGGAGAAGUCGGGGCAUGGGCGUUCAUCGAUGACUGCAUGUUCGUCUUCAGCAGUUGGAGGGUGGCGGAGCGAGUCGUGCCAUGGAUUAUUGAAGCCUUUGCGGAUUAUGGCCUACGUUGGAACUUGUCCAAAACUACGGUAAUGUCUACGUCCGAUAUGCUUCGUUCGGGUCGCGGUUCCCUGUCCUUAAAUCAUGCCUUACGCGAGUGCACAUGGUCGCAGACAGUUCGUUAUCUUGGGAUCUCCAUACAGCAACCGGCCUUUGACUCCACUGAAGGCUGCACACUUACAGAGCUGUUGUUACCGCAAUGCAAACAAAGGGUGAUGGGUGGGAUCGUGCAGAUGCAGAGUAUUCUCAACCGUGGUCAUUGGCAACGGUGGGAUGUUUCCGUCGAUUUGGUACAAACAUACAUUGCCUCUCGCUGGCUUUGGCUUUCCCCACUUCUUCAUCCAAAUCGCGAACACUUGGCUUCCCUGCAAUCUCUACAGUUGUCUAUCUUAUGUCAGACCUUGAAGCUUUACAUACCUGACUGGUUGUCGAGUUUCCAGGCUGGUGGCCUCAAUCGUCUGAGAAGGCGUGCUAUUCGUGAAAUUCUAAGACUUCGCAAGCCUGAGUCGUUGUGGACUGUAGUAGCAUGGCUCCAUCGCAAACAUGGGUACUUCGGUCAUUUACUGCGAAGGCAAACUGAACACAUGGCUCGGCAAGAGCUCCUUUGUCCCUUACAUCAACAACGACCGGGCCGAGCCGGCACUUGUCAAAGGUGGGUCUUGCAUAUGUGCCAGAAAUUCUUUAAUAGUCCUGCCUUGAACAUCGAAGCUCUUUCCAAUUUGUAUGUUGACAAGGAGCAGUGGUUGUCUUUCUUUCCACUUGUCUUACAGGAGCAUGGAAUACAACUUUCGGAGCAUCCCAGUUUUCAUUACGAUACGUGGUUACGGUGGCGGGACCCCUUCCUUGCUACCACUUCUUGGUUCCGCGCGGUCUUGUUCGACUAUGCUCCCGAUGACUCGUGGACAUUUAAAUGGUUGUGUGAGACGUCUGGAUGGCUUGAGUUGACCUUCUAUGGGACGGUGCAUUCGGUCCUGGAACAGUUUAUUCCACGUCUUCUCAUGCUACACGGGGACUUAUUCGUGGUGCAACUGCUAUGUCCAGCUACUGUCGUCGCACUACAUGGUUCACUUAUCCAAUCGGAUAUACACGUACACAACUUACAACGUCUACCUCAACUCAGCUUGGAGGGCAUCCGGGAUGAUUGGGCACUGCAUGUGACAUCCUUGUAG